GGCCAAUGAUCGCUCCUAAACCGACUCCACUUUAGCUCGAAUGAAAUGUCCGUCUCCUCCCGGCGCCGUCCCCGCCGCCAACGCCGCGGCGGUCGGGGGCACUCGCAGUCCGCAGCCUUCGGGCGGGCCGGGCCUCCGGGCGAGGCCGCUGUGCUUCGGGCCCAGCCGAGCCGGGCCGGGCGCGGGGCGGCGGGCGCUUUGUGCGCGGGGCCGCGAGCCCGACCCGGGCCGGGCUGGGCUGGGCAGCUGCGGGGCUCUCGCGGCGGCAGCCCCGGGCCGGCUCCAUUUUGUCCGGGGAGCCGGCGGGCGGGGAACGCGGCGCCCCGGAGCGGCCGCUUUGUCUCCCGCAUCCCGGCGGCGGCGGGCGUUGGGCGCGGGCGGCGGGGGGAUGCGCUCCGCGGGGCCGCCGGGGCACCUGCGAGCCGAGGCGGCAGGUCCCCGCGAGGAACGAGCGGCCUGGCGGGCCCCUGGCCCGCUCCGCGCCGUACAGCAUGCAGCCAUCUGGCGGCUGGCUCGCCCCGGACUUGCCCCGAAGCUUAUUUUAAGGAUUCUAUCGAUGCAAAGCUGUGAUUGUGGAUGCCAAAGGCAGGAGGUUGGAGGAAGGGAAUACUGCUUUUCUUGGAUACAGAUUUGCAUUUCUUCAAACAUCAAGCAGAUGUAUGCAUUCCCUUGAGCUGUUCCACAGAUUAUAACCUGCCCUUAGGAAAAUGCUUUCCAUAUGAAGAGAUGCAGUGAAUUUUAUUCUUAAUGGGCUAAAUCUAAAUAUAUAUGUACCAACUAUUUGGGUUGCUAAGGCUCUCGACCCAGACCCACUCUAAGCAAAAUACGUAAACAUACCCAGCCUCCGGUGCUUGGGUGUUCAGACACACUUUUUAAAGCUACAGGAACAGUUCUGGAUCUAGAAAAGCGACAUGUAUGGGAAGGCAAUAUAGAUUACUUUUAGGACUAUAACAAUGUUAGGCAGUCUUUGCUGCCUGGGCCCUUUUAAAUGCUGGGUUUUAAAAUUCAGCAGCCCUAUUUCUUUUUUCCCUGGGUGCAAAUCAGAAGUCCUUCCUUUAAAAUGAGCAUGGAAAGGAUGUUUGGUUUGCACCUCCCUCCUAUUUGUUUCCUUUGGGGAAAAAAAGGGGGGGACCGAACAAAUAAGGCCCCAGUGCAGUCAUUGAUCUUCGUGUGGUUCAUGCCUUCCAGUGAGACCCGGGCUGUCUGGGUGCAGUUUCAGUUCACAGUGAUGGCUCUUCAAAACUAUCCAGGCCCUGUGGAUUUGUUUGUUUUGGUGUGCCCUCUUGGCCAUGGGUGUCUUUUUUUUUCCAGCAGAGCAGAAGAUAAUUUCAAUGCAGUAUAGUCUGACACGUUUCUUUCCUUUUCAGUUUAAAAAUGUGUACAUCUCUGAAACACUUUAAAAAAAAGCCAUCCUCAAAAAUUCAAGUUUAUGAGUAGGGUAUUUCUGUCCUCGGGUGUUCAUAUUUCGUGAAGUUUAGAUGUGUGAGUUUUCAGUCUCUUGCAUACUAUAUAACCUGGUCCCUUAUUUGGAGUAUUGUGAUGAAUGUUGAUUAUUAUAGCAAAUUCAGGGUUACGGUAGAAAGCCAUUUCCCCCCUCCCUGUAGAAUUAACUUUUUACCCUCUAUUGAUUAAGUACAGCAGGUAAGAUGACCCGUGUCCUUUUUAAUUUUAAGAAAGUCUACAGUCUACUUUUACUAUUAAUAGAUGUUGGUGUGUUUG